ACACGUACGCUACGUCAUCAUCAGUAGACACGCCACCACAAGAGAGCGACAGCAAUAAUGCUUUUCUACUCGUUUUUCAAAUCUCUGGUGGGGAAGGACGUGGUGGUGGAGCUCAAAAACGACCUGAGCAUCUGUGGGACACUUCACUCUGUUGACCAGUACCUGAACAUCAAGCUCACAGACAUCAGUGUCACAGACCCAGAGAAAUAUCCACACAUGCUGUCUGUGAAAAACUGUUUCAUCCGUGGAUCGGUGGUCCGUUACGUUCAGCUACCUGCAGAUGAAGUGGACACUCAGUUGCUGCAGGACGCAGCGCGAAAAGAAGCCAUGCAGCAGAAGCAGUGAUUCCGCUGCAGGAUGGGGUUUAGUCUGGGAGGGAUUUUGUAAUGGUGAAUAAUGAGUAGUUUAAGUUUUGGAUUAAGUUCAUUCAAAGAUGACAGUGUCAUUCAGCAGUAUUGGUCAUUAGUUUCUACUUUACCGAAAAAGAAUUCAAUUGCAUUCCUCACAUUAGUGAUCAAUAUGUUGCAAAUUUAUUACUGAAAAUCUUCUUUACCUCACAGACCAUGUAGGAGUUUUUAGUUGAUCUUCUGUUUUGUUGAAAAGAAAAUAACUACAAUUCGAGGCCCAGAGAGGAGACCUAAAGUCCAGCUGUGAUGUUUAUGUUGAAUAAUACCAGACACUGGCUGCUUGUCUCGUAAAAAUGAUGACUUCUGGAUUUUUUUUUGAUGCCACUUGGAAAUAAAAGUUAUUUAUAUUUUGA